AUGGGCUUUGUAUUGGUCCUUAUGCCUGAUUUUUCGAUGGAAAUAUUUAAGCCAAACAUUCGAAAUGAAGGGACUGAGGAACUGCUGAAAGUCUGGUUCUCCAGACAGCAGUCCAUUGCAAGCCAGGGAUCUGCAGGGAUCUGUGAUCUUCACACCAUCCCAAGGUACCUGUAUUCUUUGGAUUUUCCAGAAAGCCAAGAGAUCAAUCAGCCAGCUCAAACCCUGGAAAUUUUGAUGAGUGAGCUUGACCCAGCCAUUAUGGACCAGUUCUACAUGAAAGAUGGUAUUACUGCAAAGGAUACAGGUUUUGUCACUGAUGCAACACUGUUCAAUCCUCGGGGCUACUCAGUGGAUGAAAUGAAAUCAGAUGGAACACAUUGGACUCUUCACAGCCCUACAGAAACAAAAUUUUCUUAUGUUAGCUUUGAAACAAGACUAAGACAGACCUCCUAUAAUGACCUGAUCAGGAAAGCUGUGAAAGCCUUCAAGCCAGGAAAAUUUUGGACCACCUUUUUCAUUAAUCAGAGUUCUAUAUGUUCCAUGGUCCUUUCUUCACCCCAGAAGAUUGAAGGUUUUAAAGGUCUUGAUAGCCAGAGUACUAUGUUCAAGGAUUACAAUUUUGUUUUUACCAGUUGUGCUAAGAUACAGCAACAUCAGUAG